GCACAACAACCAAAUUAUACUAACUUGUCCCAAGCCUUACAAACAGUUUCCCACGAAGUUUCUUUCAUCCCAAAUAUUCCAAACUUGAACGUUGCAGACCAGUUAACAAUAAUUCAACGAUCACUCUCAAAUUUGACUGAUGCGGUCACAAAUUUGACUGAUACAGUCACAAACUUGUCUAAUGCAGUCACAAACUUGUCUACAAACUUGUCUAAUAGAAUCGAUGGUUUGACCAUCACUAUUCAAGCAAUGGACACGCGAAAUCUAGCAAGAAUUUAUAACUCGCGCUUAUCCAGUCCAGACUUUCAAUUGGAAAUAGUUCCGGACAUGGCUG